AUGACCGAUGCAAAGCAAGAAUCGGAAUUCUUGGUGAUGACGGGGAUAGUUGUUCAUCCUGAAGUUUCAGAACUGAAUUCGUUAUGAGGGGAUUUCCUGAUGAAUCAAACACAUUGUGGAAAUGUAGCAUAAACAGAUCCAAUAAUGGGAACAGGCGCAUCACCGCGAUGGGACACACACUGGUCCAACGAAGCCAAGUUCAUAUUUCACUCACAAUAUCUUCCCUUUUAAGUUGACCCCCGGGGGGAACUCAAAAUAGUUUUAUACGGGAAGGAUCGGCUCCGAUCCGCAUCCAAACCCUUUACACAGCUUUUAUAUAGUUACCAUCUUUGACAGACUGAUGGUUCAUUGGUAUACCUAGUUCCGCCAUUGAAAAAUGGUACCCCAUAUAAAAAGCGACGUUGUUUAGAACCCUUAGAGCCAGGAGCUAAAGCAAAAAUGUACAUGAUGACAAGCUAAGGUUUUCGUAUUAUGGAGGGUACAAAAAGUGUUUUUUUCUUUUUGAAUAUGAUUCUUGCCAACGUCAAUAUCGUUGCUAGGACGUAAAUAGAUAACAUCUAAAUAAAGGAGGGGUAUAGUACUGUGGCAUGGGUACUUUUACUGGGUAUUGAUUAUACACACUAAUACCAAGAUAUAAAGGAAAAAAAAAUCUAUCAGUGGCUUACGUACUAAAGGCGGCUUGAAUUCAGAGACAAUACCAAUGAAUAAUAACAAUGCCAUAAGCAGGAAAAAUGCCUUGUGCAUGAUAGCGAGGUGAUCAUACCAGGGACGGUGUUAAGAGUGUAUUUUUUUUCAAAUGAUUCGCGCCAACACAAGUAUUGUUCGUGGAGAAUUAAUAGAUGUCUUCUGCGUAAACGAAGUUCCGGCUCUGGAAAUCACUAUAAAUAUUGACAAAAUAAUACUACAAGAUUUAAUAGGUAAUGAUAUUGUACCCAAGUGGAGUAAACUACUAGGCAAUUUAGAUACUUCUUCAAAUCCGUGAUCCACAACUGUUAUGGUGUAUUUGUCAUUUUUUCUGCUGUUCUUUGUUCCGUUUUUCGUUUAUGGCGUCACAAAUUCGUCUGUGAGUUCAAUUAAUAAGGACCCCUGUCACUAUUGCAACAUUGAUUUGAAUUGCCACUACACGGAGCUGGGCAAUGCCGUAAAGUCCUUAGAAUCAAAGGUGGAGAGUCUUAUUAAACAGAACAACAAAUCCUUUGGAAUUGGAAUCGGCGAUGCGAUUAAGUCUUUAGAGGCAAAGGUGGAGAGUCGUACUGUACUUAACAACAAAACGUCUUGCGUCGGUGAAGCUGUAAAGACCCUAGAAGCAAAGGUUGAAAGUCUACUUGAACUGAAGAACAAGACUGCUGGAAUCGCCGAUGCGGUCAUGUCUUUGGAUGCAAAGGUGGAGGGUUUUACUGCACUGAACAACAAGACAUUUGGCGUCGCCGAUGUCUUAAAGUCCGUAGAAGUAAAGAUGGAAAAUCUCAAUGGAUUGGACAACAAGACUUCUGGCAUCAGCAAAACCGUGAAAACUUUGGAAGAAAAGAUUGAGAGUCUUAGUGAACUGCGCAAUAAGACUUCCCGAAUCGGCGAUGCGGUCAAGUCCUUAGAAACAAAGGUUGAGAAUCUAAUUGCGCUGAUUAAUCGUGCUUCUUUUAUUCCACCACCGGUUCCGAAACCGACAGGUAAUUUAAAAAGAAAAGUAUUAAUACAAUUGUUAAUAUUUAAUCUUCAGCAAAUGUCCUUUGGUCUUUGUUAUCCUCAACUCAGUUUCAAUUCUCGGUUUUAAUCUCGUCAGCUGCUGUCUGUUCUUGCAAGGAACAAUAUACGAAAAGGAAAAUUAUGAGCACAUUUUUAUUCAGGGAUAUUUUUUUCAGCGCUGGCGCAUAGCUUUUGCAUUUGCUUGUUCAGCCGCGUAGCUGAAGUGUGAUACUUUCUUUCUUCAAACAGCUCAUUAUAAAAACAUUCAUAACUAUAACCAAACAUUCAUAACGAAAGAAUGCUAUAUUGGGAAGCUACACGUGUAUGUAAUGUGCCUACAUGAGGCCAACCGUAUUGGCAAUCACGAUCACGUAUAUAGCUGUGCACGUUGCUGACCACUUUAGAAUGGAGUUUAUGACUGAUGAUCACUUUGGCUGAUCGAACAAACGUCGACUUUUAUGCUCUUCAAUUUUCUCAUCGUAUUUUGCUUCGAUGUUGAUGCUAAUAUUAUCUUCCGGAUCCAAGCGCACAACAAGUAAGCGUACAACUAAAAUAGAAUAAAUUUAAUAAACAAGAAGUUUAAAAGACUUACUGGAAAAAAAGAACCGGUAGGCAUCUCGCUCAGGGUGCAGAGGGCAUUGUCGAAUACAUGUUCUCUGGUUCCGCCCUGCCGCUCUAGCUUGAUUUCGCUAUUGAAUGGCGCCGUCUAGCCGAAGGUAGCUUCAGAUUUGUUGCUUUUACUGCAAGUUAUAAUCAAAUUCAAUAUAUGAUGUUGUUCUUGUUGAUAAAAAGACGAUACUUGGGUGACAGGUUUUACUUUGCCUUGUAUAAGUGUGCGGUUUCUUUUUUCUUUUUCGCUUUGAUAUUUAUGUUCGGUCAGGUUGAAGACGACUUUAUGGCUUGCCACUCGGAACCGAAUGAUAAAAAACGGCUAUAAUCCGCUUUAAAUAUCAUUUGUUUUCAAAAUUUUUAUCGUGCACACAAAUUUUCAAAGUGAUUAUAUUUAAUGUUUAAAGUUUAGUUAAUGUUGAAUACUUUGCAAAAUCUUUCAAUAAACUUUUGGUUUCAUGUCCUCUGAAGUGCCGGUAGCGGCUUCAACGGGGAUUUUGCAGAUGUCUUGUAAACGUUGGCAUUUAGCUUGUUAGUAAAAUAAGGUGUCGCCUGUUUCCUAAUUUUAUUAGCGAUCUUUUAUUUUUUUUAGUGUUAAAUCUAUUUGAGAGACAAAACGCUAUCCAGGAAGAUUCUGACUAUUUUCAAAGUGGUACUAGCAAAUUGCCUUCGUCGAGUGGUAUCGCUGUUAUAACUCAUAUCUACUUCUUUCAGUGUGUACAAGUCUGUAUUUCUUAGUGCUCUUACCGUACGUACAAUGUAAUGGUCAAAUUUAUGUGUGUUUGUGCUUCUUUGAUUUUAACUGCAAAGCAGAUUUCCUCACCUCAUUAUCCGGUUGCAGCCACUAAUUACACAAUUUAGCACUAUUUACUAAAUAUGUUUCCACUGGCGGAUGAAAAAAGGUAAAAAAAGGAGAAAAUCUUACCUUUGUCCAAUGGAUAUUACCCGAAGUUUAAGGAUAACUUUUUGGCCUUUAUUUCCAGCUUCAAUAUCAUUUUUUUUUGGACAGAAUUCUUUACCAUUCGGGCUUUGCAUGGUAAAUUUGCGGGCACGCGGCUAUCAGCUAAUUGAGUGCUUAGAAGUCAGUUCAAAAUGUUAAAAAGUUCAUCAUUUUCUUCCAAUAUCGAGAGACUUUUCGAAUAAGCUACGGAGAUCCGAGCCAUCCGAGAUCCGACCCUUUUUUUGCGCGUUUGUGUAUAUGUAGAGAUUGAUAUUCUGACGAUUGAUAAAGAAUUCAAUUCUUUAAUUUCUGUUUUGUCAUUGCGUACCAGAGGCACAGUCCUUAACAGAUAUUGCUCCAAAUUGGGCAUUGUUAAUGGAGUCUUGGGCUAGGCUAUGAAUAAUGUUGUGGAAUUUAGUGAGAUUAACGUGAAAAAAAAAUUUAAAAAAAUCUAAAAAAAUAGAAAUCGAAAUAACCCCCUUCCCAACUCCUCUGGUGGUUUGACGCUACUAUUCCAUCAAAUAUUUGGCAUGCCUCAUUUCAGUCUCACUUUUUUUCCCAGAAUGUCAGAACUACCAGAGCCUUACUGCCGCAGACAGGAAAAUAACUUAUACUACCUACCACGGGUAUUGUGACAACAGCAUUACUGAAGGCUGGUAUCGUUUUGAGGGAGCUGCGGGAACCAGGAUGCCUACAUCAUGCAUGCCUUCAGGGAACAGGUGUGGUACUCACGUGAUUGGCUGGUUGACAAAUGGACAUCCUAGAGUGGCUGAUGGACGAGUCAAGAAGCAAGUCUGUUUCAGCUACAAUGGGCAAUGUUGUUUUAGUAAUUUUUCUAAAAACAUCUACGUAACGAACUGUGGUUCCUAUUAUGUCUACCAACUGGUUAGACCAGGAAAUUGCUAUUACCGCUACUGUGGCACUGACUAAUUAACCAAAUUGUAGUUAAAGCAUAAUUAUCAUUGCUACCGCAUAAUUUACCUGUCGAGGUGGCUCGUUUCAAUUCAAUUUGUCCCUAACAAAAUUGAUUAUUCUUAUAACUAUCUCACCAGAUUUUAUACUGCUGAACUCCAACGGCUGCUUGUUAAUACAAUAACGGUCUUCACUAGCUGAAUCAUUACGUUGCGCCUCAAGAAAUUCAGGCUUUUGUUUAAGAAAAACAAAGAUUUUUGAAACUUUAAACCUUCUACUUUUAGAGCCAGUUCGCGCUUUUGAUUUAAUGAAUGCAAAUACAGGAGAAAGGUCACA